AAGUUCAGUUUCGUUUCCUGGCUGAGGAUAAAUUUCAGUUUCUAUUCUUCCUUACCAUGGCAGCAGUUUCGUUUCUUCACUGUCAGCUGGAGAGUGUAUAAAAGAUGGGCUGAGCAGCCUCUGAGUGCUUCACUGGAAUUUUCCCCAGCAGGAAGCACCAUGUCUGACCAGAACGUCCAUAAUGCCGGCUUCACUCCCUCUGGGAUCACUGGAGGAUCCCUUGCUUCAUCACUGAUGUCCCAUGAAGCCAGAGCCUCUGGGGGAGGUGUGCCUUCUGGUGGCCCCACUUCUACUCUCCAGGAAAUGGGUGCCAGAGGCACAACCCACUCGUCAGGUUACACCAGCAGUGGGAUCUCUGGUGGAUCCAGGGCCUCCAGCACCAUGUCCCAGGAGGCCACAGCUCACGGGGGAGGAGUGCCCAGAGGCGGCACCACUUCCACUGUCCAGUCCAUCUCCAUGGGUGGAAAAGGAGGAAGACGCUGAAUAGAAGAAAAACAUCAGUCUAGAAAUAAGCUCUGCAAGCAGUUCAUCCUUCACCAUUGGCUUUGACAAUUUCUCACCUUCUAUGAUCACCAUUGGCUUUGACAAUUUCUCCCCCCUAUAAUCUCCUUGUUAUGAGAGGCAAAUCCUUCUACAUGUAGAAAUAAAGCUUCUGUUAAAACUGUG